AAUUCCAACAGUGAUAUUUAUUCUGUGGUGAUACUGUGAAUUUUGAUGCCGUGAUGGGUAAUGUGAUUCCUAUUUGUUAUAAUAUAUAUAUAAUAUAUUUUAUAUAAUAAUAUCUAGUUGUUUUUGAUAAUUUUGAUUAUUUUUGUUCAACUGUUACUGUCUAGGUGCUUAUACAUUAUUUUUAGUCACAAUUACAUGUGCUUAUUUAAAAACCACAGAUAACAUACAUAGGACUGGCACAGACUACGGUUUUAUAAAAUCUGUAGUACUGGGCUUUCAGCGCGGCAGUGCCCCUACGAUUAUGCAAGUAGCUGGUACUCAGUACCUCCGUACUUGCUAAUGUUAUCUGUGAUGUACUUUUAAAUUUAUAAUGUCUUCUUAGUAUUGUAUAAAAAUGUUGGAUCCCAAUAAUUUACCACAUCAUGUGUAUCUACACAAAGACCAUAAGUACAGAUUGAAAUUGGGCUUUUACGCAGCUCCCAGCAAUCCAAAAGCGUUUUCAAAAGCUAUUAGAGAUGAACUUCACAAUUUAAAGUUUACAUACUGUUCUGAUUUAAAUGGACUGAUUAUGGGAUUUGGUAAAAUAAGUUCAAACGAACUUAUUCCAGCUGAUAUCAGACAUUGCAUCAAUGUAGUUGUCAAUGUUGAUGUAUAUAUAUUCAGACCUCCAGUUGGAUCUAUAAUUGAAGCUGUAGUAAAUCAAACUAGUGAUAACCAUGUCAGUUGCUUGGUGCACAAUUUGUUCAACGUCUCAAUAGUACGGCCUGAAAAUGAACCGUGCGACCAGUGGUCAGGAUCUAAAAUUAAAAAGGAUGAUACGAUUGAUGUUAAAGUUUUAUCAUUUGAUCUCACAAAAAAACUUCCUCAUAUUACAGGAGAAAUAAUUAAAAAGAAGGAUGAAUGUUAUGAUCCUAAAGAUAUACAAAACACUUCUAAGAAAUCUUUGUCCCCUAAAAAAAAUGUAAGUGAUUUUAAUAAAUCUUUUAAUAAGAAUACUGCCAGUCUUUCAACAUUUUCAUCAAGUGAUUCUGAAUCUUCACAUGAAAUGAACAAUGUGUUAACUAAGUCUAAAAUAUGGUCUGAUAAACCUACUAAAUCACCAUCAUUGAUGAAUACCACUAUUAAAGAUGUACAAAAAGAAGACACUGCAGUUAGUUCUUCAAAAUGUUCAUCAAGUGAUUCUGAAUCUUCAGAUGAAAUGAACAAUAUGAUAACUAAGUCUAAAAUAUUUGCUAAUGUAUCUACAAAAACAUCACCAUUGUCAAUGAAUACCUCUAUGAAACAUGCACAAAUAGAGGAAAUUGUAGUUAGUUCUUCGAAAGUGUCAUCGAGUGAUUCUGAAUCUUCUGUUGAAAUUAACAAUAUGAUAACUAGCUCUAAAAUAUAUGAAGAUAAAUCUACUACGAAACAACCUGUAUCGACUAGUACCACCAUUAAACGUCAGGAUACUACUGAUUGUUCAAAACUUUAUAAUGCUGAUAAUUCUUCAAAAUUGUUAUCAUCUGACUCAGAAUUUUCAGAUUCUAAUGAUAAAGUUAAGUUAACUAAUUUUGAAGAAUGCGAUAAAAAAAAAUCUACUAGAACAUCAUCACAUAUUUGCAACAAUAUUAAUCACAUUGAAAGUCCAUUAUAUAGUUCUACACCAAUUUUAAAUUCUGAGCAUUCUGUAAAUAGCAUCAAUUUAAUCAGAAACAAGCAACUAGAAAUAUUACAAAAACAUUUGGCUAAAAAUAGUUCUUUAAAACAAAAAUCAUUUUCUGUUAAAGUACCUAAUCAGUUUUCUAAAGAUAGACUUUCUCAAUCUCAUAGCAUUUUGAAAAAUAUUAAAAAUAAUGAUAACAAUGAUAAUCCACUUGAAGUAUUUGCUGCUUCGGUCAGCGAUGAAGAUAAUUUGGGCAAUUCUAACAAAAUAAAUCAACAUGGUAAUCUUCAAGAUGAUGCUGAUGUAAGUGACAGUGAACUUGAACAUAAAGACAUUUCAGUUAAUAAUUCAUUUUCAAACAAAUCUGUAAAAUCUACAAAAAGAACUAAAAAGUAUCGAAAAUCAAAUGAAAUUGUAAAUGCAAUUUUAAACUCCAUUAAUUUAAAUAAAAUGAAAUAUAAUGCUAAUAUUACCAAAAAUUUCGUUGAUUCUAAUAAUGAAUGUAAUAAUGACGAAAAGGAAGAAAACACUCUUUAUACUCAACAUAAACAUCAUUUGGAUGAAGAAUUACUGAUUAAUCCCAAAAAAUUAAAGGAACCAGUAAUUAAAAAUUCUUCAACAUUAAAUUUGAGUACUAAGAAUAAAAAAAAAGAAGAUACUUCCCAAAAGAAAAAUAUGGAUGACAGUGAAAAGCAAAUUAAAAAUAAAAUAUUUAAAAAAAACUCAAAUAUUAUAUCAUCAAUGAUAUCCGAUUCAGAUAGUAAUUGUAGUAAAGAUUUAAAAUCACCUGUACCUGAUUUAAGUCGCACAACUGAUUUUAAUAAAGAAAUUGACAGUGACACAAGUAGCUCUGAUGAUGAAAUUUAUUCAAAACUUAAACAAAAUAUAUCAAAAACACAAAUAAAUACACAUGAUAAUAAUGAAAAACCUGAAAGUCAAUCAGUUCUUUAUAAUCAAAUAUAUUUUAGUACUGAUGAAAGUGAUACAUCCUCUAAAUUGUUUCAUAAUACAUCUAAGUUAUCUUCAAAGUUAAUUAAAUCAAAUGUAACAAAACAUGACUCUAUUAAUAUAUCAGAAACUGAUGGCUGUAACAAAAGUCAUGACAAUAAUUCAAAAAAAAAAGCAUUAAAAAAAGAUAACAAAAAAAAAGAAGUAAAUAAAAAAUCUGAGUAUCCUCCACUGUCCAAUAAAAGUGUUAACAAAAUGGACAUUAUUAAGCAUAUUUUGGACGGAGAUUCUAGUAGUGAUGAUGAAGUUACAGCUCUUAAAAACAAAAGUAGUGAUGGGAAAAAAACAAAUGAAAAAGUUUCUAGACAAAAAUCAACUUUAAAUAUAUCAAAACUAAAUAAAAAUGAUGAGUUAUUAAAUAAAAACAUUUCAAACCCAUUUUUAAAAAUAUAUACUGAAAAUAUAACAAGCUCAAGUUCUGAUGAUGAAACGUUUGUUAAAAAUUUACUUAAAUCAAAAAAAAAAUCAUCUGAGAAAAAAAAAAUGAAUCUAUUAGUAAAUGAAGAGGAGAAAAAGAAUAUUUUAAUAAAUCAAGUAUUGACUUCUAUAAAACGUAAGGAUAAAAAACAAAAACAAAUGUUACCUGUUUCACAGGAUAACUCAAAAGCAUCUGAUGGUAAAAAAAUAGUUUUUAAAAAUGACAAAAGAACAAAAGAUAAACUUAUAGUUAAAACUAAAAAUAAAAAGGAUAUUCAGAAUAACUUAAACAUUUCUAUUGGAGAACCUGAUGGGUCAAAUUUAAAUAUUUCCAAAAAAGUUAACUCAUCACAAUUAAUCAAACAACCAUCAUCCGACGAGAGCACUAAUGAAGAAAAAGAUGUUAUAAAAAAAAUUUUGAAAAAACAAAAACUUAAAAAAACUAAAAAAGCUAAUUUACCAGAGGAAUCCAUGAAAAUUAAUAUUCCAACAAAAUCAGUCAAACAGAAUGAAAUCAAAGAAAAACUGCAAACAAAAUCGAAAUCCCAAAAUGUAUCAAUGACAGAUGAAGUAAAUAGUAUUGAUAUAAAAAAAAAUAAGAAGAGACAAAGAGAAACUAAGGAUUUCCUUUUAGAUAGUAUAAUAAGUGCUUUAGAAAAUUCUUCAAGUGAUUAUUCCCCUUCUAAAAAGAAAAAAAAAGAUCAUAAUUUGACUAUUGAAAAACUACAUAGUUCUAAAGGUAAAAAUGCUGAUGGUUAUUUAUCUGAGGUUACGAUAAAGAAAAAGAAAAAAUCCAAACAUAAAGACGAUGUUAACUUAAGUGAUUUAAUUGUAAAAGAUAAAAAGAAAAAACAUAAAGAUUCAAUUUUUGAAUCUUCACUAAAAAAUAUUCAAGCUAAAGUAGACAAUCCAUUAGAAAAAGUGUCAAAAAAAAAAAAAGUUAAAAGUGAUCCCGUUUCUUUAGAAACUCAGAGCACGAAUACCGACAAAUCAAGUAAAAUAAUAGAUAAACUAGAAGAUAAUAAUGUAAAACUUCUUAAUAAUUCUAGAUCAAGUAAGAAAAAGACUGACAAAUCGAGUAAAAUAAUUGAUAAUCUAGAAGAUAAUAAUGUAAAACAUCUUAAAAAUGCUAAAUCAAAUAAGAAAAAGACUAAAACCCUUUUGGAAAAUCAAAUGAAAAAUUUUAUGUUAACUCAAGAUAAUACACAUUUGGAUAAAUUGUAUGAUUUACUAAACGCACAUUUGAUUCAAUCUUAAGUUUUAACUAUUUUUAUGAUUAAUUAACUAACCUUAUGUUUUAUAUACAAAGCAAAAUAUUUUAUUCAGAUUU